AUGACUGAAAGGAAUAGCACCAGGGUGAUGGAGUUCAUUCUUUUGGGCUUUUCAGUCGAUAGAGAGAUUGAAAGAAUUCUCUUUCUGCUCAUUUUAGUAGUAUAUACUCUAACUUUGGUAGGGAAUGGCGGGAUGAUUUCACUAAUCCGAUUGGAUACUCAGCUUCACACACUUAUGUACUUUUUUCUAAGUACUCUGGCCCUUGUAGACCUAUGUUACUCCUCAUCAAUAACUCCCAAGUUCCUGGAGACUCUCCUGACCAAUCACAGGUCUAUAUCUUUCUAUGCAUGUGCAACACAGCUGGGCUUUUUCCUGAACUUCCUGAUAUUGGAGAUGUUCCUUCUUGCAGUAAUGGCUUACGAUCGCUAUGUGGCUGUCUGCAAUCCUCUUCUCUACAUGGUGAUCAUGUCCCAAAAGGUGUGUAUACAGCUGGUAAUGGGCCCCUAUUUAUACAGCUUUUCUGUUGCUUUGCUCCACACAGUAGUUACUUUCCAACUGGUCUUUUGUGGCCCCAAUAUCAAACACUUCUAUUGUGAUGACGUCCCACUGAUGACCCUUGCCUGCUCAGACACCAGACUUAAAGAAAUCUUGAUUUUUAUGUUUGUUGGAUUCAACAUGAUCAGCUCUUUGGCCACUGUCCUUAUUUCUUACUUAUACAUUGUGGCUGCCAUUUUGAGAAUCCAAUCUAUAGAAGGGAGGCGCAAAGUUUUCUCAACUUGUGCUUCUCAUCUGACCACAGUGACUAUAUUCUAUGGGACUCUGAUCUUCAUGUAUCUGCAGCCAAGAUCAAACCGUUCCCUUGACACAGACAAAAUGGCCUCUGUGUUCUACACAGUGGUCAUUCCCAUGUUGAAGCCCAUGAUCUACAGCUUGAGGAACCAAGAGGUAAAAAAUGCCUUGAGGAAAGCCAUUGAAAAGUGUGAUGUCCUGCCUCUAACAAAGUUUAAGAAAUGA